CACACACACAGGACCGCCGCCAUUUUCUCGCAUGCAACCGGAAACCUUACGUGACAUACGUUCGAAGACCUUAGACCUGUUCUUUGUAGCUGCACUGCUGAACUGGUGCAAUAUAUUGAAAUUUUCAGUACUGACAGUGAAUUUCGGAACGCAGCCUUAGUAUAGACACUGUGCUAUAAACAGCAUUUAUAUCGUCCAAUAAAAUAAUGUUGCUGAACGACAGGUGAAAAAAGACCAUUAUUUUUAAAUAGUACGACUGAAUAACAAGUCAGACAAACUAUUUUUUUCUCCAGUAAAAUAAUCUAAUUAGCGGCUCGCAUAAACUGUCAUCUCUAUUAACAAGCGGUUAAAAUCUUUUUAAUCUAACGAUGAAUUAUACUACUAAAAAAUAAAAAUUCGCGAGGAAUUUUGUGAAAUGUAUAACGUGUGAAAAGGUGCAGCCGGAGACAAUCAAGAUGGCGUCAUGCUAUCGCGAUAAUAAUCAACGUCUACGUUAGUUGUUGCUAAUCAUAAACACUUGCGAGUUGUCGACAUCGUUAGGUGAUGAACUAAUUUACGAGCUAUUUUUGAAACUAAUUAAGGACGACAAGGUUACAAAAAAGAUACCUCAAAAAAAUUGCGACAACUGUUAUUUUAAUUUGGUGCAUUGCAGGAUGGCUAUGGUGAUUUUGCACAACUGAAUACACACAGAAACCACAGAGAUGGACAAUUUGUCGGAUUCGUUUCGAGGGGAGCUGGACUCUGUGACUUCCACAGAUUCUCUCCAUUUAAUCAGCGACGAAUUCCAUCUACGACACCUGUCCACACCCGAUGUCUCAAACAUUGAAUUAUCCAAACGAGUGGCCUUGCUGGAGCUGGAGAACGAGCGGUUGCGCGUUGAUCUGGAGAAUGUGCGGAUCGACUUUAACGCCAGGAUUGCCGCGAAUCAAGGCUUAAAAGGCAAAAUAACAGAGCUGUUUGUUGAGAUGCAAACGAUACAACAGGAGAAGCAGAAGCUACAGAACACCUUGACUGACACUAUCAAUCGUCUGUCUGCUGCGGAGACCUCUGCGAAAUGGUAUCAGUCACAGGUGCACAUCCUGAUGGCCAGCAAGAAGAGUCUUCAGGUGGAGAUAGAAACUUAUCAGAACAUCCUGAAGCAGAGGCAGCAUGUGAUAGCAGAUAUAAAUGCCAGCUACAAGCAGCUCAACACUGACUAUACCGAGCUCGCGCAACAGCAUCAGAGGGAAAAGCGACAGAUGCAAAGCGCGAUAAAGGAUCUGCAGAUACACAUUCGGUCCGUCAGCGCGGCGCAGGAUACACUGGACUCUAGUCCGACUAGUAGUCCAACGGACGUGUCCAUGAUGCUGGAGGCGACGGAGGACGAGUUGCGGAAUACCAAGGCCGAGCUGAAGAUAUUGGAGCAGCGGCUUUUGGGCAACGAGGUGGCCAAGAUGUCGAUGGAAAGCGCGGUCAGCAAACAACGCGUCCUGAUCUCGUCUAUGAAAGAAAACAUGCAGAGAUGCGAGACAGAAAAGAACGAGACCGCCGAUCUGCUGAGGAAGACGCAGUUCGAGAUACAGAAGCUACGUACCGAGAACGAAACACUGCAAACUUCUUUGUUAGACUCCAAGCAGGAGCAGAGUCAAGUGGAGGACGCUAUCUCUUAUCUGAGGACACAGCUUAGCAAGAUGAUCGCGCAGUACAAGCUGCUGAAGACGAAGAACGCGGAAUCCGAGGAGAGACUGAACGCCAUGCAAGAUCUCGCGAAUGAGAACAAGCGCUUGCGGACUAUGUCGCACAAGGCGAACAGUGCUCUGCUCAAGAAGCUUCGGGAAGAGAAGGCAAAGAUGCGGAGUCUAGAACAGAAAUUCUACGGCAAGCGGAUGCACGGUCAAUUUAGCGCUGUGAGAAGCCGAACGGAGCAUGACUUACGAGAAUGUUUGAAACAGGUUCUGUCGAGAAAGAAUUUGCAGGACCAAUCGAAGUCAGCCACCAAAGUAGCCGACGAGAGCAUCGACGAAGGAUACGGUGAUAGCAGUAAUACUUCUUCGGUUUCGCUCGACAUUCCCUCGUCGUCUCCCAUCAAUUCGACAUUGUUGAACAGUGCGGCCGACGUUCUCGCGCGAAGCAAAGACUUUUACUCGCCGAUGCAGGAACAACUGGACGCUCUUCGAUCGAAGUUGGAAGAACUCCACAAUCACUCCGCAAUCAACUCACAACCAGUGCGAGACGUCGAAGCAGCGAAGUAGUCUUCAUUCCAGUGUCAACGAUGUAAUUCCACCGAGAUAUUCCAAUUCGAGGUCUAUUUCUUGUUCGUGUUGUACGAAUGGAAGAUAGCCUUACUCAUCGACGUAUACUCCGUUUAAUCGAAUUUGAUUUGCCAUUAUCGGCAAACUCAUUAUAUCUAGAUAUUAUUAUAUACGUGAAAGAAGAGAAUUAUUCUCUAGUAAUACCGACCGGUAUUAUUAAUCUCUAGUAUGAAGAAGGUUAUAAAGUGAUAGCGCGUUGAUAUUUAUUUGUUACUUCUGUGGACAUAUUAUAUAUAACUGUUAUCAUAUCUAAUAUUUAUUCUUGACUUUUCGUUAUUCACUUUUCAUCAUUGAGGAUCUUUAAGGACCGGUUUUUCAAUGAUAGUUUAAACUUAGAUUUCAACUUAAACUCUGUUUAAACAAAACAAACGUAUUGUUAGAAUAGAGUUUAAACUUGAAUCUAAGUUUAAAUUGCUAUUGAAAAACCGGCUCUAAGAAAUAUAACUUGAUAACUGAAGAAGUUCAAGUCAACUAUAUUUUGCAAACAAACUUAAACAAAUUACGGUAACACCUAUCGCAAUUAUACAAUCACGUAAAGCGCGAUAGUCGUUUAUUGCGUGAUGUGACUGUUAUUGGUUAUGAGCGAAGUGAGUGAAGAUUGUGAGAGUGCAAAUGACAGUAUUAUGGAGAUGAUAAAAAGAGAAGCGACGUAGCGAUGCUGCGUGUGAUAGAAAAUGAUGAAGUAUUAAUUUAAAGAUAACGUCGCGGAAUUUGUUGCGCGAGCUGUGCAAGUAUUUUUUAACAAGAAGUCCAAUGAAAUGUAAAGUAGAAUAUAUAACGAACGCUACACGGUUCGACAUGUAGUUUUGCGCUGCGGAGAAACGUCAGGUUCUGAUGUAUGCUUUGUACUUACAGUUACAAACGAAACGAAUGAAGACGGACACUGUCGAGCAUCUUUUCUCGCAACGUCGCAUAUUUUGUAAUGAUUUAUAAAAGCAGUAAUAAAUACAAAUCUACUGAGCAGACCAACAA